CGAAUUUUCUCUUGUCAGUGAUGAAAAUAGUAAAGCUUUCUUGACCGACAUUGAAAGGGUCACCAAUAAUCUAAUAUUUCCCCUAUCCACACAUUCCUGAACCAUACCAAAGCUUCCGAUCCGAUGACGACAGUCAAAGUGAUUCGACAACCUUCAGUGAAGCGAAAGGAUUCUUUCGGUAUUUUGCAACUAAUAACAUGCCUGGUUUUUGUCGCAACGGCRCAUUCGUUUACACCGGUCCAUCAACGAGUCGCGCUUCAAACGAGUCCACUGGCAACGAAGGUAUUCUCGUCGAGUCAACCCGAUGCAGCAACAUCGCCUUCAGUGGAUUCAGUGGAGGAGGCCACGCGAAUACUUUCGGAGUGGGACAAAAUCUUCAACCCGGAAUCCCAGGGACAAAAGCAAGAUACAGAAGCCAACGAAAUUCUGACGAGUAGCCGCGAUGCGCUGAAGGCCUCCGUUCUUCUGCUGUCGGCUGCUGCCACCGAAGAACGCAACCGGGAUUCCGUAAUGGGGCGCUGCAUGCUAGGCAUCUGUGCUCCUUCCGCAGAGGAUGGGGUUGCUGCAUUGAAAGCAUGGGUCACGGCCUUAGAAUUACCUAGGGGUCUUCUUCACGGGAUGGACAAGGAUGGGGUUCCAAUCGAUCUCAGCGGCAGUGUGUAUAUCAAAUACAACUCUGGAGGGGUGUACACAUUUGCUGACAUUCGAAAAAGUGGAUUGGGAUUUGAUGCUCUAUGGAAACCAGGAGAUGCCCUUCUAGAAUCCUACGAUGGGACCUACAGAGGAGUGUACUUUCAAGUAGAACUACAGGACGGGGAAUUCCGACAAUAUUUGGUCCCCUUGGACAUUUUCUAAAGCUUACUCAAAGCAUGAUAAAAGAGAUGCUUGAAUAUAUUUUUUAAGCAGUG